AUGCCAUCCGCAACAACCUCUGGAGCUGACUCGGGCUCCAGUGGAUCAGCAAGAUCGCGCGAACACGCGCAAGGAAACCAAGACCGCAAAUAUACAGUCGAACAGAAAGCAGCCGUGAUCAGAGUACGAAAAUGUUCUCCGACGGCAUUUUAUGAAAUCCUGGCAGUCCAGAAGACGGCGACCGAUGGCGAGAUCAAGAAAGCUUAUCGCAAGCUGAGUUUGCUUACGCAUCCGGAUAAGAAUGGUUAUGAUGGGGCCGAUGAGGCUUUUAAGAUGGUAUCGCGUGCAUUCCAGAUUCUGUCCGAUUCCGAUAAGAAGGCGAGAUAUGAUAAGUUCGGCGGCGACCCUGAUAGCAGAUUCUCAGCGUCUGGCGCAAGUGCUGGACCAUCAGCUGGCGGCAAUCCAUUCGGCGGAUUUGGUGGUGGUGGUGGUGGUGGUGGUGGAUUCCCACAAAGUCGGGCUGGCGGACCCAUGUUCGAGGAGGAGAUAUCGCCGGAGGAAUUGUUUAAUCGGUUUUUCGGCGGUGGAUUUGGGCCUAUGGGUGGCGGCGGAUUUGGUCCAUUUGGUGGCGGUCCUCAGUUUGUCUUCAAUAUGGGCGGUGGUCCCGGGUUCAGAGUUCACCAAUUCGGCGGGCCAGGUGCUCGUAGAAGACCGCGUGAAGCCAAUGCCCAAACACAACAACCUGCGUCUCCCGGCUGGGCUUCGUUGACUCAACUUCUCCCGCUUAUUCUAUUAUUUAUCUUCCCGCUUCUCUCCUCGCUAUUCUCAGGAGGACCAACAGUUCCCACCGGACCCUCCUAUCGAUUUGACGGACCAGUAUCUCCGCAUACUAUGCAACGGACUACGCCGGAGCUCAAAUUGAAUUACUACAUCAACCCGCAAGACGUGGACGAUUUCAGCAGCCGGAAAUUCAAACAACUAGAUGUCCGGGUUGAAAACGAGUUUCUCCAUAAUCUCCAGUACGAGUGUGAUAUGGAAGUACAAGAAAGGGAACGAAGGAUGCAGGCAGCGCAGGGCUGGCUAUUCCCGGAUGUCGAGAAGAUGAAAGAGGCGAGGGCUAUGGAGUUGAAGAGCUGUCGUCGCUUAGAUGAUUUGAGGGUCAAGAAGAGGAGAUUUUAG